UCCUAGGCCCGGGCCCGACCCCUGCUAUCUGCCAAUGCAGCCUGCGCGCUCUGGCGUCCUGUCUUAUUUGUCUGCUAAAUUAUCGGUGCACUACCGACUCUGGACACCUAGCAUUUCCCAGUCAACAUUCACGAAUCGGGCUCCACUUCUCUAGGACAAGAUUUUUUGGUGAGCAGAAAGGAAAGUGCUUUUUCCCAGGACCUGAUUCCCGAGGUUAGGUUUCCACCGUCCGGGAUGGCUCGCCGCAGCAUGGACCGGUGCCCGCCGCACCUGGGAGUCCGGGGCCAAAGUUUCUCCUACGUGGGGCACGAGUGAGGGGCGAGUGAGAUAACCGGAUGCGAGUUUCUCCCGGGGCGGGGGUUGGUUCUCUGUUACUCCCCUCACUUUCCUGUCCCUUUGCUCUCCCACCUCCUUUCUCUGGCCUCUGCUGUCCCCAGUCCCUCUGCUGCUGUCCCCCCCGCCGCCCCACAGUUUUAUCUUGUGUUCCGUUCCCCCCGCCCCCCGUCCUUUCACUCCAGUUUGUAGCUGGCUCUUGGAUGUCUUGGCUCCUUGCCCCUUCCGGGUCCUCGACCACUGGGCAUCCCCGGCCCCUCAACCGAUCCGCGUGUCACCGCCCUCCCUCGCCAGCCGUAAAGCACAGCCAGGCAGGCACUGAGUAGAUGAGUUGGGGUAACCUACCCGAUGGGAACUACGGCUUUCCAGAGAGUUUGAUUGCCAGAGCGAACUUGGCUAGGAAAGGGGAGGAGCUGGGGGGCGUGGGCAGGGAGGAGGAAAGGGGCCUGAGCCAGGGCCCAGGGACAGGUUUUACCGCUGAGCUGUGUCAGUGGCGGCAACGACGGCGGGUUCGCGCCACCUGUCCAAGUGCCACCUGGUAAGCGCGGAGCAGCGGGGCCAAGCCCCUCCUCCCGUGGGCCCUCUGCGCUCCUCCCUGGCCCGCGCUCUCCCUCCGCCUGGGUGCCCAGUCCCCAGCACCGGAGAGUACUGACCCGCGUUUCCACCCGGUUUUCUUUCCCUCUCAGGUCUUCGCCGGGCUGGGGCUAAGCAAGCUCUCGGAGUGACCGUGGGUGACAGCGGCUCCAGGGACUCUUGGGGCGCAGUGGGGAAAGCGCCGGACCACCAUGCCGCGCUCAUUUCUCGUCAAAAGCAAGAAGGCUCACAGCUACCACCAGCCGCGCUCCCCAGGAUCAGACUAUUCCCUCCGUUUAGAGAAUGUACCGGCGCCCAGCCGAGCAGACAGCACUUCAAAUGCAGGCGGGGCGAAGGCGGAGUCCCGGGACCGUUUGUCCCCCGAAUCGCAGCUGACCGAAGCCCCAGACAGAGCCUCCGCAUCCCCAGACAGCUGCGAGGGCAGCGUCUGCGAACGGAGCUCGGAGUUUGAGGACUUCUGGAGACCCCCGUCACCCUCCGCGUCUCCAGCCUCGGAGAAGUCGAUGUGCCCAUCGCUGGACGAAGCCCAGCCCUUCCCCCUGCCUUUCAAACCGUACUCAUGGAGCGGCCUGGCGGGUUCUGACCUGCGGCACCUGGUGCAGAGCUACCGACCGUGUGGGGCCCUGGAGCGCGGUGCUGGCCUGGGCCUCUUCUGUGAACCCGCCCCGGAGCCGGGCCACCCGGCCGCGCUGUACGGCCCAAAGCGGGCUGCCGGCGGCGCAGGGGCCGGGGCGCCAGGGAGCUGCAGCGCAGGGGCCGGUGCCACCGCUGGCCCUGGCCUAGGGCUCUACGGCGACUUCGGGUCCGCGGCAGCCGGGCUGUAUGAGAGGCCCACGGCAGCGGCGGGUUUGCUGUACCCCGAGCGUGGUCACGGGCUCCACGCAGACAAGAGCGCUGGCGUCAAGGUGGAGUCGGAGCUGCUGUGCACCCGCCUGCUGCUGGGCGGCGGCUCCUACAAGUGCAUCAAGUGCAGCAAGGUGUUCUCCACGCCGCACGGGCUCGAGGUGCAUGUGCGCAGGUCCCACAGUGGUACGAGACCCUUUGCCUGCGAGAUGUGCGGCAAGACCUUCGGGCACGCGGUGAGCCUGGAGCAGCACAAAGCCGUGCACUCGCAGGAACGGAGCUUUGACUGUAAGAUCUGUGGGAAGAGCUUCAAGAGGUCAUCCACACUGUCCACACACCUGCUCAUCCACUCAGACACUCGGCCCUACCCCUGUCAGUACUGUGGCAAGAGGUUCCACCAGAAGUCAGACAUGAAGAAACACACCUUCAUCCACACUGGUGAGAAGCCUCACAAGUGCCAGGUGUGCGGCAAGGCAUUCAGCCAGAGCUCCAACCUCAUCACCCACAGCCGCAAACACACAGGCUUCAAGCCCUUUGGCUGUGACCUUUGUGGGAAGGGUUUCCAGAGGAAGGUGGACCUCCGAAGGCACCGGGAGACGCAGCACGGGCUCAAAUGAGCACCCUGGCUGGCUGCAAGCAGCAGCUACACAACACUACGGAGGGCAACCUCCCUGCUUGCCACCAUUCUGCUCCCUGCUUGCCACCACUCCCUUCUGACUUUCCAGACCCCAGGUCCAGUCUGCAGAUCCCACCAGGGUGCUCCUCCUUUGCCUUACCUCCUGGAGCUGCCAGAGGAGAUGAGGUACCUUUCCAAAGUGCAGCCAAAAGUGAGAACCAAGGGACUGUCUAGGCUUCAGACACAAAUAGGCUCCUCUACACCUGAAGACAAAGGCAAGGUCAAAUGGGGACCAGAAUAAAUCUUAGACCCCACAGUCCCUCCCAUUUCCAGCCCUAAUCUGCAGACAGGAAUGCCCUUCAGGUUUCUUCCCUCUCCCUCUUGACCUACCCCAGAUAUUUGUGUGGAAGAGGAGGAAUCACCAUUUACAAGGUGGACAAAUGCUAAUAUUUUUAUCUAGAAAGAAGAGUGAGUGUUAACUUUUUUUUUUUUUUUUCUUCUGGGGAGUCUGUUGACUCCUUUCUUCUGGGUGCUGCCUAUAAAUCUUGGAGGAAUCAUUUCUCCUCCUCAAAAACUGAUUCAGAAACUGACUUGGGGAAGGAAUUUAAUACUUUGAAGUCAUGAGAUGCACCAUCAAGGCUACCCCCAAGAAGGGGCAGAAGAGAAGUUGAUGGGAGGGGAUUAGAGGUCCUCCCUUCAGGAGGCCUGUGAAAGCCUCAUCAGUGGAGAUAAAAGCACGAGCAAUGCCUGUGGACAAGAUGUCAUUCAUUCACUCAGCAAAUGUUCAUGGAUCACCGGCUACCAAAGUACCAGGCACCAUGCUAGGUGUUGGGGAAGAGAGACGGAAGUCACAACCCCUGACUGCUCCUUAAAAGCUAAUGGUUGCACCUCCAAGUGACUGGGUCUUGGAGGGAAUUCUGAGAAGACAACACAGAAUUAUAAACCUUCCCUUUUGACCCUUUUGGAUUUUAUCAGGUGUAAAAAAGAAAAGUAGCUGAACAGUUACUUCAAAGAUAUGUGUGUAUAUUCAGUUUUUUAUUGUUAAGCUGAUAUUUUAAAGAUGUCUGAGCUAGCAGGCAUGUGGGAAUGAAGGCUCUGUCUUCAACUCUUUGAUCCUCCAUGUGUACCAUAGAGGGGGGAAAAAGUGGUAUUUUCACUUUGAUGAGGUUGGUAAAUGUUUUUAGAUCUUCUGGUAUGCAUUAUGUUUGUUAAUACAUAUUUAUUAGAGUGAUGUUUUAAGUUAAUAAAGUAUUAAGACUAU